CGAAGAUAAGUCAUACUGGCAGAUAAGCAAACGGGGAUUUUUAACAUUUUCUAUUUUGACCCAAACCCCCACCCUUCUCCCUCAACAUUGAUAAAUCCCAACCCGCCACUGUCAAAAAUUCUAAUUUCCAAUCUCAGAAAUUGCAAGUUGCUUGAAAACGUGGGACUUUUGAUAAAUACUUAUUCAAUUAUCUGAAUGACCCGCAAGUUUUCCAUAUGCAAUUAAAAGGUUAUGUAGCACUUCCGGGAUCGCCUGUAUUGAAUACCAUCAAGAAUUUAUUUUCAUGUUCACGAUGUAUAAAAUAUUUUUCAGGUGGAAGAAAGACGUAGAUGAAGAAUUCAUAAAACUAGAGAGUGACGUUAAACGUCAAAUAUCUGAGAAAGGUACUCUAAGAGAUUUAUUUGUGAAAUCUGUGAAUAGAAGGGCACUCAUAGUAGGAUGUGGUCUGAGAGCUGCCCAGCAAUUUUCCGGUAUGCCUGCUUUUGGAGUCUACACCCAAUACAUGUUCGAGCAAAGCGGAAGCGUUUUCUCAAAAAGCACAUCGUCUAUUAUUUAUACUGGAGCUUUACUGUUGAUAAUGUCUUCAAACAUGUUUUUAAUGGAUCGAUAUGGAAGAAGGCUUUCCAUGAUGUUAUCGUCUAUUGGUUGCGGCUUGACAUUACUAGUUCUCGCCGCGUUUUGUUACGUGGCAGACAAUGAACUAGUCGAUGUUUCCAGCGUGAGAUGGAUACCGCUACUCGGUAUGGUAAUAUGGCUACUAUUUGCCGGAAGCGGUCUGGGACUCGUCCCAAUUCUGAUGCUGGGAGAACUGUUCUCCGCAAGUGUCAAAGGAAAAGCUAUCAACGUCGUGUGUAUAUUUUUCGCCGCAUCGUUUUUGACAUCGACAAAAGUUUUCCAAACUCUAGCUAAUAAUUUUGGACUGUUUGCGCCAUUUACCUUUUUCGGACUCUGUUGUGUAGUUAUUUUGAUAUUUUCGUACACGUGUGUACCCGAAACUAAAGGAAAAACACUCGAAGAGAUUCAGCAAAUGUUAAGGAGGACCAAAUAAUGAAUACCAUGUGAAGUUGUAGUUACUAUCUUUCUACCUAAAAGCAUAAGGUUCUUGCAAUAGUGCAUUAUGUGCCACGUGACAUGAACAAGUCUAUGAAAUAAAUGGCGUUUUUAUAGGAUGAAUCCGGUGAUGCCGAAUUCCCUCCCGCAGAUAGUUUUGGUUAAAAUACAGAUAGUCAAAUUCCCUCCCGGGUAUUAGCCG